AUGGAUAUACCAAGCACUGGCGCCAUUUUUACGCUCGGCAAAUCGCAUUUAGCUGAGAACACGCAGAGUUAUUUUUACAUUAAAAAUGAUCCAGUUAAGAGAUUAAUAUCUGGGCCCCAUCAGAGUGCGGUCAUUUGUGAAAGUGGGCGGCUAUUUGUUUGGGGUGAAAAUGAAUAUGGACAGCUGGGUAUUGGCAGUCAAAUGGCUGCAGUUAACAAUAACAACAACAAAAAUUCCAUUGACACCAAAAAAACAACAAACCCCGAUAUAAUUACUAAACCAACAUGUGUGAAGUCAUUAAAGACAUUAGGUUUGAAAAUAGCGGAUAUCGCUUACGGCAGUGAUUGGUCUAUAAUACUGACUCAUUCAAAUGAGUUAUUCUUCACCGGACGCAAUAUUUUCCCAACUUGCUCAAAUGUGGCGCGCAACUUCGUGAAGGCCACCGUGGCGGAUGAGCAAUGUGAAAUCAUACGAAAACCAUUCCGACUUGAAGAGUUGGACGAUUGUCUGGCCAAAAAUGAGGACGCCGAGUGUUUUGCAAGUGUCUUAGCGGGCAAUGAUCAUUUUGUGCUAAUGACUACUUUUGGCCGCCUCAUUGCCUGGGGUUCCAAUCAGAAUUGCCAACUGGGCUUACCCAAUGCGCUUUCAUGCCAAAAGCCACACGAAAUAGAUCUCGGUGCGCCGGUUCAACAAUUUGUUUGCGGGCCGGAGUCAACGCUGGUGCUUACUACAACCGGCAAACUAUACUUUACUGGUCACCUAAACGAAUUUGUCUUUUCGCAAUUCACGGAAUUACAACAAAAUCUAGCGCCAACAGAGCAAAUUAUAUUUAUGCAUAUUUCUAGGACCAAUGAAAUAUUUAUAGUAACCAAUUCAGGCAGCAUUUACCGCAGCAUGGAGUCAGUGCGUUCGAAAAGUUUAAUAUUUCAGCGAUUUUACGAUUAUGAUAGUGAAGAAAAUGGACCGAUAUGGAAAUUGUUGAAGGGAUUUUCCUUCUAUGCUGUUCUAACGAAGGCAAACAAAUUUUAUACGACAUUUUCGGAGAGCGGUCAUCAUCUAAAAACGUUUCGUGAAAUUUCUAAAUUCAAAAAUUUGCGUUUACUCGAUAUGGCAGUGGGUAAUAAGCAUAUUUUAGUGCAUGGCAUACCGCGUUCUUCAACUAUGUUGACUAGUGCAGGACCGGGAUCAGAACCGCACCGAUUUGCUAGCCGCACUUUUGUAAUGCCAUCGACGGUGAUGAAUGGUUCCGCAAAAACUCGAAGUCGAGAAAGCAGCGCCGCGAGUGUUAAGGCUAAAGAUAUUGGAAUCGUUGAGGCUACAGACAAGAAAAUGACGGAUGUGAGCAGUAAUGUAAUGGCGAAUGGAGAAGGUCUGGAAAAAACUAAAUCGGAAGCAGAAGAAAGAAAAAAUAGUUCCGAGUCCAUAUUGAAUGGAAAUGUGUCUGACUCGAAGCCCUCAUAUGUUGAUCAAGAAAACUUCUACAGUCCAUCUGAACACCAAACAAAAGUCAACGGCCAAAAGCAGACAGAGGGAGCGGUACAGAACACGCUUGAAUCUUCAAAUUACGCCGGCACUGAGUUGAGCAAUAGUGAGCCCAUAAAAGAUGCGAAACUUGUUACAGUUGGCACAGCUGCUUUAAUACAUAAUUCAGUUAACUCACCAGUGAAUUCAAUAAAAUCUAUAAGAUCAAGCAAAUCUGGUCACUCUGUAAAAUUUUCCCCUACUGCAGUGAAUAAAAAAACAUCACCUGCAACCGAUAAACUUCUACGACCACACACUCCUUACCCAGAAAGCAACACAACUGGCAGCACUCCAACGACGAUAAAGAAGACACCGUUACGCAACUUCUCUUAUGAAGCAGCUAUGGACCAUGAUCACAUUGAUAGCACAUCGCCCGCCUUAAUGGAUAGUUUGGAGAAUAUAUCUGAGAGCGGCGAAGUCGAAAGCGCGGAUAAAACCGCAUUUGCCUCAACUUCUGCUCUACCUAUUGAAGAGGACGAGCAGUUAACAGUGGAAAUUAACACAACAACCGAUCCUCUAAAUAGCACCAUUGUUGUUAAUGAAAUACGAUUUAUAAACAACGGUGUCGACGUGACAGACAAUGUUAAAGCAGCGUCGCUAGAAAGAGAAGACACCGAAAGCUCACUCGACUCGUUAGAUGACCAUGCUCACAACAUUACAAAUGAUGAGGAGGCCAGCAGCAGCAGAGAAGGAAUUAAAACGAAAUUAAAGGAAAUAGAAACAGAUGUAACCGUCAUGAGUAGUAAAUUAAAAACCAAAAUAAAUGAAGCUGAUGCUGAAGUGAAAAGCUUUGUCAGAACAAAGGCAUCAAACGUUAAUGAAGUUAAAAUUGACGUUAAAAAAGAACUCUCCACACCAGCUGAAGAUAUCAUACAUGCUGCAUCAGAAAUACAAGAUGAAUACUCAACUCAACGCGAACAUAUGAAUCAAAAUUUUACAACAACAAAAACGGAGCUUACGUCCAAAGUUGAAGAAGCAAACGAGACUUUAACCGAUAAAGUGGAUAACACUGCCAAAAAGGCAGCCAAUGCAGCUACCGAGGCAAGAGAUUCCUUGGAAACAGCAGCGAAACGUGCUGCUGCAGGUGCACGUGAUGCCGUCGAGACGGUUGGUGAGAAUUCCAAACGUGUAGCGAAUGAUACAAUGAGUGCGAUGGAAAGUAUUGGAAACAGCGCUAAAAGAGUUGCAACUGGUGCUAAAAAUGCCGUUGGCAAUGCAUUUAUAAAAAUGUCUGAUGGUACAAAAGAUGCUGUCGACUCGGUGGCCGCCAAAAUUGUCAACGAAGUACAGGGUGCUAAAGAAAAUAUGAAUACAAUGUUUCAAAGUAAGCACCUUAAGCCAACAUCCAUUGAGGAAGAUGCAGUGUCAUCAGCAUCGGAAGCUGCAUCUAAAGGUGGCCCCAAAACCAAUACGACCACCACGGGCGAAGACGAUGAACGUACAACAGCAUCGGUUAAUUCAACACAAAAUUCUACAGGAAAUCCUUUUGAGGGAAGCAAUCCUUUUGAAACUUCAAAUCCCUUUGAACACGAUGAAUUUGAUGAUGUGGUUGAACGUGGUAAGAAGGCGUUACAAGAAGAAGUCAAUAAAGUACAUCAACAAGUGGCAAAUGAAGCGCAGGAAACAGAGAAGGAAACAAUGGGUAAAGUGCGCAGAUUCUUCAAAGAUAUGGGUGGAAUAUCUUGUCGCAAUGAAAAAUCGACCACCGUUGACGAUGAACCACCAAGAUAUACAGUAGAAGACCAAUAUCCCACACCGACACAUCGCAGCCAAGAACACAAUAACACAUCAAAAGUUUGCUCAAUAUUAUGAAUUCCUUCUAAUCAUCCCCUUACAUACUAAGAUAUGAACGCAUUUGAAUUUGUUUACCUGCAUAACAGAUAUACAUAUGUAUAAAAUCAAUAGAAAAUUUCCAACUAUAAAAAU